AUGAUGGAAGAAGAGGUCAACAGCCCAGUUGAAAUUAACAGAAUGAAGCAGACCAGCUUUGUAGACUUGAGUAAGAAAAGGAAAUUGCAUGCUGAACAACUUAACAUGCCUUUGCCAAAGCAUAUCUGCUCGAAUCGAAUCCUUGAAUGUAAAUCUGACCCCCGGGCAAAGGAGGUCUAUCCAUGCCUAACUAUGGGAGAAAUUAAUGGAUUGGCAAGAGGAUAUGAAACGGAUACAGAAUCUGCAAAAGAUAGCAAUAGUGAAGAAAAGAUUGAACUCGGAUCUCCAAAAGCAUGCUCAUCUGAUCAGCCUUCCACUUCUUCUGUUAGUUGGGAUUCUUUUAAGAACAGUGUUUAUUCUUUGGAGAGCAGAUCGUUGACAAAAUCAAGUUCUAGUAAAGCUGAGUCGUCUAAUUUCAGCGGGGAGCAUGAUUGUCCCCAUCGUAAUUUUGGAUUGAAUCCCUCUCUGAACUACGAGGAGCAUCUCCUAGAGUUAGUAAGCCAUGUAGAAUGCAGUUGCUCAGAAUACAGGAUCAAUAGCAUUGGGGAUUAUACGGAUAAGGAACUUGAAGAUGUGCUCUACUCCAAUGGUGUGGCUCCCAGUAGUUACGUUCUUUCGUCUGGAAGGUGGACUGUUAACCAAGAUACAGAUGCUCAACCUGGGACGAAGAAACUAACCAUUGAUAAGGAGUUUGAACAGUACUUUUCCAUGCUUAUGCUGUGA